AUGUCAUCAGAAUAUUUUCAUAAACAAUCAAAUGAUGAUCGUUUAUUACCAUACGAUAGUCAGAUAUCCUUGUCAUUAACUGACACAAUAGAUAAAGCAAAUGGUUCAUCACAAGAUUAUCAUUCCAUAUCAACAUCAUCAACCAUAAUAACGAUUGAAACUCUUAAUAAAGAAAAUAUUCGUAUACCAUUGUCUUUCAAAAAUCAACUUUUCAAUAAUAAAAAUAUCAACCAACAACAAGAACAUAUUCAUAGUGAUUUUAUCUGA